AUGACGCACAACAGGGAACAGACCACUUACAGGCAUGUGUAUGCAAGUGUUUCUCAGCUUCCCUAUGGCAAAGCCCUGUACACAUACGAGGGAAAAGAGCCCGGUGACCUCAAGUUUAACAAGGGGGACAUCAUCAUCCUGCGGCGCAAGGUGGACGAGAACUGGUACCAUGGGGAGCUCAACGGGAACCAUGGCUUCUUCCCCGCCAGCUACAUCCAGUGCAUCAAGCCCCUCCCACAGGCUCCACCUCAGGGCAAAGCACUUUACGACUUUGAAAUAAAGGAUAAAGAUCAAGACAAGGAUUGCCUGACCUUCACCAAGGAUGAGAUUUUGACGGUCAUCAGGAGGGUGGAUGACAACUGGGCCGAAGGAAUGCUGGGUGACAAGAUUGGCAUUUUCCCCAUCCUCUAUGUUGAACUGAAUGAAUCCGCCAAGCAGCUGAUGGAGAUGGACAAGACGUGCUCGGCCGCCGCCUCUGGCUGUGACAUGCCGCUGGCGACAGAGACGGUGGCGGUGGCGGCUGCAGCGGCGGCGGUGGGCCUGGCACCGUGCUCCACGCUGGCCGGAGCGGGGGCGGCUGGAGCAGCCCAGAGGCAGGUGGAAGGCAAGAAGAACGCCAAGAAACGCCACUCCUUCACCGCCCUCAGCAUGACACACAAAUCCUCCCAGGCCGCCAGCAACCGGCACUCCAUGGAGAUCAGCGCUCCCGUCCUCAUCAGCUCCAGYGACCCACGCGCAGCUGCCAGGAUCGGGGACCUGACCCACCUCUCCUCCAGCGCCCCGGCCCAGGAUUCCUCUUUGAUUGGAACAGCCACAGUGGCUGGUCCCAGGACAAGUGCAAUAAUUGGAGAUCAGGGAACACCACCGAAGGUCCAGCUCCCCCUCAAUAUCUACCUAGCCCUGUAUGCCUACAAGCCUCAGAAGAAYGAUGAGCUGGAGCUCCGCAAAGGGGAGAUGUACCGGGUCAUCGAGAAGUGCCAGGACGGCUGGUUCAAGGGCACAUCUCUGAGGAGUGGGAUGUCYGGUGUCUUCCCAGGCAACUACGUGACACCUGUUUCAAGGGUGCCAGUGGGAGCUGGGCAGCCGAGGAACAGYGGAGCUGGAGGAGCUCCAACAACAAAAGUAGCCCCAGGAGCCAUCCAUCCCAUCGUGGCUGGUCACAGCAACGCCAGCACGGCUGUCAGACCAGUUGUUCCCAUCACUGCUCCUCAGACGCAUCCCCAGCUGCAGGCGGCCUCUCCGCAGCUCAGUAACUGCCUGCGGUACUCGGCGCAGCCGCCAGCCAGCCAGCCCCGCGGUGCCAUGCAGAUGGCGCACCCGGCGGUGCCGGCCCCGGACCGACCCACGGCCACCGUGUCACCUCUGCGGACACCCAGCUCUCCCUCCCGCCUGCCCGCCGCAGCCAUUCGGCCUCACCCCGCCGUGUCCCCGCAGCACGGCCACCAGCCGCCCGCCCCGGGGGCCAGGCCCCUCAUCCCGCUCACCUCCGCCGCCGCCGCCAUCACCCCGCCCAACGUCAGCGCCGCGCACCUCAACGGGGACGUGGGCGGUGGGUCCCUGGCUGGGCCAGCCGUGCCCGGGCCCGCCGGCAAGCCCGACGAGAGGAAGAACGAGAAGAAGGAGAAGAAGAGCGGGCUGCUGAAACUUCUAGCAGGAGCAUCAACAAAAAAGAAGUCACGUUCCCCACCAUCUGUGUCCCCCACACACGACCCCCAGACAGCCAUUGAAGGAGUUCUGCAAGGGGCAGUUGGGCCUGAGCUGUCCUCCCUCUCCAGUCACGGCAGAGCCGGCUCAUGCCCUAUCGAGAGUGAAAUGCAAGGAGCCAUGGGGCUGGAGCCUCUGCACAGGAAAACAGGCUCCUUGGAUUUGAAUUUUUCCAUCCCUUCACCUGCCAGGCCACCCCUCUCUUCCAUGGCAGCUAUUCGGCCAGAGCCCAAGCCUUUGCCCCGGGAAAGGUACCGCGUUGUGGUCCCAUACCCACCGCAGAGCGAGGCCGAGAUCGAACUGAAGGAAGGUGACAUUGUGUUUGUGCACAAGAAACGGGAGGACGGCUGGUACAAAGGGACGUUGCAGAGGAACGGCAGGACGGGCCUCUUCCCCGGGAGCUUUGUCGAGAGCUUCUGAGGACAAGAUGCUGCUCUCUCAGUUGAGGAGCUUUCAGGGGAAACUGCAUAGCACAAGAAGAGACAGCAAAGAGAAACUGGACUGAUAACCACUGCCAUUUUUAUUUCCAAAGACUUCCCCCAGGCCCUUCAGUCUGCAGCUCUGGAGACACAAUGGCCUCCUGUGCUCCCGAGACCGUGUGCGGUGCAUACAGUGGUAUGUUGAAGUAGUGCCUUCCACCAGGAAUCACAGACUGAAAGGAUGCCCAUCUGGACUGUAGUAACCUAAACUCUGGCUGUUAACCCUUUGUGUAAAUUAUAGAGAAGAUAUCUUUAAAAAAAAAUUAAGAGGAAAGCUGUUAUAUUGCUGUAACUUAUUUGUCAGAGCUGCAGUGUUCUUAUUACUGGCCUAUGCAAGAUGGAUUUGAGAGUUCAAGGAGGUGUGCUAGGAAGCUCUUAAACUGGGAUUUUGUUUUUACCAAGGGAAGAAGAGGGGAGGGUGGAUCAGAUCACAGAUCAGUGCAUCGUUGUGCAAGUUAGAAUGAGGAGUCCAAAAUGUCAAUGUCAUGCUUUCUAUAUACCUCAAAGAUACGCGACGCAGGUUUGUCAGUGAGUGUGUUAGUGCUCAGAGUCCCACACCAGCCCAUGUCCUGGCGCUGCUGCCAGGGAGGUCCUGGAGGAAGUACAGCUCCACCAUUAAACUGUGGUUAUUUGAGCAGAAUCCCUUUUGCCUGUCUUCUGCCCGUAAUAUAUGCAGCAUGGAUUUUUGUCCUUCGGUAUCACUUUCCAUUGCUUUUUUGUACGACGUACCUUUUUACUGUAAGAAUUUCUCUACUUUAUAUAUAUUCCUACUAGAUCAGACAUUUCCUCUUUUUCAUACAUCUGGUGCUAUUUUUUUUAAUUGUUAAAGAUUUGGUUAAACAGAGAGGCUGCAACAAGAUUUGCAUUCAACAUACGAAAUUAGAAACGUACGUGAAGAUUGAGAUCAGACUGCUUGUUCUUGCUUCAUAGAGGAAAAGAGAAAAAGCUGCAUGGUCACCGAUAAAUAUACCUGGGAGAGCUGCCUGUGCAACACACACACACUUGCUCUCUCCUACAUAUUUAGAGUGGCUGAAGACCCAURCUGAAGCACAGCGUUCUGUCUGGAGAGUGAUAAUGACUCCAGAAUUGGAAGUAAUUCCCAGAGGAGUCAUUUUAAUUGACUUUUUCAUGGCAAUAAGAAGAACACUGCAGGUUCUAACACACGCAGGGACCGUGGAGUUUUCCUCUGUCGUUGCAUGACGGAGACGAGAGCUGAUCUGCGACAGCAGUAAUUGGUGUUAUGRAAAUGUGAUUUCUUACUGUAGAAAUGUACAGUUCUGGAGACUGUUGGAUUUCUUAACGUCGUCAAGCUACAAUACMAACUGUAUCAGGCAAUAUAAGCUUCCAUCUACCAGGGACUUAAAGGUGCAAUAAAUGUAAGGUGAGUUUAGCCAGUUAUUUGUAUGAAAAAGAAUGAGAAAAAAAGAAGUCAUAAUGCGAUUGUUGAGAGUAUUUAAAAAGACAUCAGCUCUUGAGGAAUGAAUCAUGUUGAAAGGCUUUUCAUAGCUGUAUCCAUACCUUGCCUCUGACAGCAGCUGGCUGUUUGCCAAGGCCCACAUGUGGUGGGUGUUCAAAAGCGUGUCAGAGGCACUGUAACCUGGAGAUGAUCUUUUYAAAAUGAAGAGGCCCGGUGGGUGAACAUCAUCACUGCAUCACCAGUAUUUCAUAUGCGAAGGUGUAAGUUUUGUUUUCAUUCAAGCCGUGUGUACUAGUACAUAUCAAAACCCAUGUAAGUGAGCAUUCCUAUUUAAGUUCAGCUCUGUGACGUUGUUCUCUGUAAAAUAAGUUCUUCUUGCUGUCACAUGUUAACAAACCGAUUCCAGAAACACAGUUCAUGGCCAAGUAUAGCACCUUCAAACCAGGAGGCAUCACUUUCAGGGUGUUUCUUUUUAUACUUGAUGUUGCCGCAUUUGUUGAUAUUCCAGAUUGUAGUGAGUCAGCCACUAAAAAUUUAGUUACUGUUGAGAGGAAAUUGCCUUUUUAUAAACCAAUAAGAGACUGAAGAAAUGUCUUCUGGAAGACUUGCUUGAGAUUAGAGCCAUAUCUGUUCCAGUUAUUUGGUCCAGGUCAGAACUGGUGUCAUUGCACCUCAAACAGUAAACUGCACAGUUAGGCAGUCAGCAAUGCCAAAAUGUGUGUUAUUGAUUCCAAUAAAAAUUCUGGGUUAGAUCUGUCAGAGAUGAGAUUUUUUCUGACAACUUACAGUGGUUACAAUGCUCUUAAAAUUCUGUUCCAUGGUGUAUUUACUACAGUCAGAAAAGCGAAACAGGAUGACAGCUUGCAUGCUGCCUAUUCUGUUUAGCCAGAUCUAAAAUUAUUYCAGAUUUCCACCUUUUUUAUGCUUAACUCUUAAGAGGGCAAAAGUUGGUGUGUGAGAGGAUCAAGGAAAACAUGCAGAUACUAUAUCAUUAAAUCAGUGCUUCAAAAUAUAUUUUGCAGGGAGGAUGAUGGUUUUUUAAAUGGUCAUUAACCCUUCUAAUCAUACCUCCUGCUAGGAAAAACAUAGUGGGGUGGGGAGGAAGGUGUUCUGUUUUGAUAGCAGCUCUUUCUGGGCCCUCUUUAUUGCAUUUCAUCACGGUUUGGGUUACUGAGUAAUCUUC